UCCUCAGAGGAAACUUUCCGCCGGCUGGUCCAUCGGCGUGUCCGGCCGCACCACGGUGCGAACCGAGUAAGGCGGACGGGGCGGCCCCGCCCGGGUGUAUGCAGCCACCGGGGAGACGCAACUGCCGGGGGCAGGCAGCGGGACGGACGCUGACGGGGUGGAGCUGCCCGAGGAGUGAGCGCCCUGGGCCCUGGAGGACCUGACCUGGCUGACCUCCCAGGCUGACAGGCGAGCUGAGCCCCAGCACCAUGGAUGCCCCGAGGAAGGACAUGGAGCUACUCAGCAACAGCCUGGCGGCCUAUGCACACAUCCGAGCUAACCCUGAGAGCUUCGGCCUCUACUUCGUGCUGGGCGUCUGCUUCGGCCUGCUGCUGACCUUGUGCCUGCUAGUCAUCAGCAUCUCCUGUGCGCCUCGCUCGAGGCCCCGGGGCCCUGCUCUGCGCCGGGACCCUCGCGGCAGCACCCUAGAGCCGGAGGAUGAGGAUGACGAGGAUGAGGACACCAUGACGAGGCUGGGCCCCGAUGACACACUCCCGGGCCAGGAGCUGUCUACCGAGCCCGACGGGCCCCUUAGUGUCAAUGUCUUCACGUCAGCAGAAGAGCUGGAGCGCGCUCAGCGGCUGGAGGAACGUGAGCGAAUCCUGCGGGAGAUCUGGCGCACCGGGCAGCCAGAUCUGCUGGGCACCGGCACGCUCGGGCCCGGAGCCUCGGCCACAGGCACGCUGGGCCGCAUGCACUAUUAUUGACACACGACCCCACAGCAUGGGUCCCUGCUUACUGGACAUGGGAUUGAACCCAGUGCUGCCCCAGGGCCUUCAAACUGCCUCUGCCCUGAUUCUCCUGGUGCUAUUGAGCGUGGAUCGCCACCUGCUAAGCACUCUUCACUGGGCAGGUAUGGGUGGGAAAAGAAUGCCAGGUCCCACCUUCUCCUCCUGGUAAUAAUGAAUGACCAAUGAAAGCUA